AUGAAUAGAAAACGCAAGUGCGACGGCCACAAGCCCGCUUGUCGCCUUUGCAAAGUCUCUGGGGCAACUUGUGAGUAUCAAGACCCGACUGCUGCGACUGCCGUUUCGGCAGCAACCGAAAAUGUGGCCUCUGCCCCGAGGGAUGGUACUGGAUCUGCCCAAAAACGUUCUGGAACAACGGCAGAUAUGAUACGUCGACUGGACGAUCUUGAAAAACUGAUUCGAGAGCAACGCGCCGCCCCUGCUGCGGCAGCCGAUGAUCAUUGCAAAUCAUCGCAGCCGAAAGAGACGACCUAUCAAUCAGAAAAUCUUGAAACUCACGCCGAUGUUUCUGCAUUCCUCUCGUCACUAUGGAUACCGCCUGAAAUUUCACUUCUCCAGCCGCAGCAACUUGGAAAUGACUCUUCUCCAGGAGUGGCUGACACGCAAAACUUGCACUGGUCACCUGCAAGCGGUCAGCAGAUGGGUGGCAGUCAUACCAUGGAAGAGGAGCCUCUAACUAUUCCGAUUGGACAUCUCACACCGACUAGUAGUCUUUUCUCGCUGGAUCAAAUCAAGAAGCUCAUUGGGGAAUACCCUGAAGACUUCUUCUAUCAAAUUGAAUCCACUCGGAAUUUGGAGCCCAAAGUACCUGAGGAUGCUCUCAAUAUCGAUAAAGAUGUUUCGGACUCCUUUCUCGCUGCCUUUUUCUCUGAGAUCCACCCUCAUUUCCCCAUUCUCAACCCUACUUUAUUCGGUGAAUUUUUCAAUGGCGUAUUGUUUGACGGAGCUGGCAAUGAAUCCAGCCAGGCAUUGUGCCUUAUGGUCUUGGCACUUGGAAAGCUCGCUUCUAAUAGACAGGCCUGCUCCCCGGGACAAUACACCGAGGAUGAUGGCAUGGAAUAUUUUGGCCGAGCCUAUCAUCGGUUGACCUCUCAAUGGAUCACAUCUUAUCACUUCAAUCUGCCAUUGGCAUCCGGCCUGGUAUACUGUGCCAUAUACUUAUGCUACCUGGAGAGGCCUCUACAUGCAUGGAGAAUGGUAUACAUGGCAUCAUCUAAGGUUCAAAUGAUGGCAAGCCAGGCUGGAAAUGAGCCAAUAACCCAGGAGGAAAUUGAUUGCCUCGGGCGUCUUUGUUGGACCUGCUUCUUGCUAGAAUGUGACGCUCUGGCGGAGUUCCAUCUUCCACGAAGUGGUAUUGAGAUAAUGAUGGAAAAUAUGCCGUUCCCCUGCUUUGCAAAUGGUAUAGAUUCGGACGGGCUUACGUUCUUGGCAAUAUGCUCAGUUAGGCGACUGCUGAACCGCAUCCACCGUGCUAUAUAUGCCACUGCGCCACGUCCCAGAGAAAUAAUAGGAAUGGGCUCAAAUCUAGCGACAUCAUAUGGUAUCGAUAGCGUUGGCUCACUGGAAAGCAUAUGCACAGAGCUUGCUCAUCAACUGGACUCCUGGUAUGAGUCAUUGCCAGUGAGCAUUAGAUUUGAUCUGACAGAGACUAAGCCGUCAAACCUACAUGACGGCUGGCUUCGACUACGAUAUUGGUCAGCAAAGCAUAUCAUAUGCCGUCCAUGCCUUGUAUAUGCAGCCACAUUACCCGAUAAUACGCAUUUGCCUUCAUACAUCAUUCAGCAUUCGGAGAUUUGUGUCAGUAGUUGUCGGAAUUAUAUUGAGACCGCAACAUACGUGCUCCGUGAGAGAACACAGUAUACGUGGAUGACAAUUCAAGCCUCUCUUGCGUGCGCAUUUGUUCUGACGAUUGCGUCUGGGAGCUCGUUGCUUCGACAUCUGGUACCCGAUAUUACAACACUCCUGGGCAAAGUUACAACUGCAACCCAGCCAUGGGCGACAACUGGAUCUAGUGCGGAGUCUAUCGGCUGGAUUCUGAAGACAAUUACGCAAAAGCAGAAAUUCUCGAGGCGGCUAUCCAGGGGAAGUCUAAGGAGUCCUGGUGAACUAUAA